GCUGCCGUUACGGAAGGUACUCGUCGUAGUUCCCCCUUGGAGGGGCCUGUAGUACCCGGACUUCCUCCGGAUGCCGUAGGUCGAGAAACCUCCUGCUGCUGCUGCUGCUGCUCUCCGACACAGGGGCAUGAAUCCCGAACCCCAUUGCACGAGCCAAAGCGAUGGAUGACUCGUGCAUGAGCUACAUGCAGACAUCUCAGACGAGCACAAGGUCUGUCUGCUCUCUCUCUCUCUCUCUUCUGUACCAGGUCGAAUCCCAGCAGUGGUGGCCGAGGGGCAGAAUCCCGGUGGGCAGUGAGAUGAAGAGAAUCCCAAUUUUCUCUCGCGGCUUGUACCUCGGGGAGGGACACACACAAGCAAGGGCAUGUGAGCGUGGAGAAAGUGCACAUGGAAUCUGCGAAGGGUGGGACAGAAGGAAGGGGUGGACGACUGACUGACUGACUGGGCAGGGCAGGGCAGGGCCCGUGGGUGACAGCCGGGUGUGGACAAUACACGAGCAGCGAACUCCAGAUCGGCGGAAUUUUGAGUGAGUGAGUGAGCUCUGCCCCACCACGCACGCGAGCACGGGAGCGAGGGACGGGAGGGAAGGGGAGGGGAUGAGUGAGAACGUGGGUCCUCACGGGGGGCUGCAGAUAAUGAAGAACAUGGAUCUCUGAGGUAUAUUUUUGCACGCAGAGCAAAUGGACCCCAGCCAUCGAGCCAGCAUGAUAGUGAGCAAGCAAGCACCGGCGCUCGAGCAAUGAAUCCAGGUGGUCAACUCCAGAGGUGAUGGAGAUGGCGCACCCAUUCUUUUGUCCAUAGAGCGUCCCCAGCUGCCUCCCUCUGUCCAUCCCUCGGCCCAUUCUUCUUCUUGCUGUUGUUGACCUCCUCAAGGGGAGCUGGGUUUAGUAUUUCCCAGGGUCCGGGGGCUUCCAUAGCUGGAUCUGCUGCUUGUUUGCUUGCCAAUGCAUGGGCUCACUGUCUUGCAAGAUAAAUCGUGUCCUGUCGUUCUGGCAGCAUGCAUGCUCCCCUUUCUGCUUCAAGAACUCGCUCUCUUCUGAAUCCGUCGGGGCGAGUAUGCUCACAUAAACAUGAAUUCUAUCUAUUCUUCUCAAUCCUUAUCAUGAGAGGUCAUCUGAAAGAGAUGAAGGUCUGGGGUUCGAGAGUGAAGUCAAUUGUAUAUUUU